GUCACAGAGGAGAUGGAGGUUGGAAACCACAGCACUGUGACAGAAUUCAUCCUCAUGGGGUUGACAGAGGACCCUACACUUUGUGUCAUCUUCUUUGUGAUGUUUCUAGGAAUCUAUGUUGUCACUUUAGUAGGCAAUGCCAGCAUAAUCACUUUAAUAAGAAGCUGCUCCCACCUUCACGCCCCCAUGUACCUCUUUCUCAGCCAUUUGGCUUUUGUGGACAUUGGAAUUACCACAUCAGUCACACCUAUAAUGCUUAUGGGAUUCCUUGGUCAUGGAAUAGUUCUUCCUGUCAUUGGCUGUGAAGCCCAGCUCUCUUCUAUGGUGAUGUUUGGGACAGCUGAGUGCUUCCUGCUGGCUGCCAUGGCCUAUGAUCGUUACGUGGCCAUCUGCUCACCCCUGUUCUACUCCACCCACAUGUCCCUUGGAGUCUGCACUGUCUUCAUGGCGGCCUCCUAUCUGGGUGGCUGUGUGAAUGCUUCCAUGUUUACUAGUUCUUCAUUGAGCAUUUUCUUCUGUGGACCAAAUCAGAUAGAUCACUUUUUUUGUGAUUUCUCCCCUUUGUUGAAAGUUUCCUGCUCAGAUGUCUCCAUUACUGAAAUUAUCCCUUCCAUCUCUUCUGGCUCUAUCAUUGUGGUCACCGUGUUUGUCAUAGCUGUCUCCUACAUCUACAUCCUCAUCACCAUCUUGAAGAUGCGCUCCACAGAAGGGCGCCGCAAAGCUUUCUCUACCUGUACCUCUCACCUCACUGCAGUCACUCUCUACUAUGGAACGAUUACCUUCAUUUAUGUGAUGCCCAAGUCCAGCUACUCACUUGACCAGAACAAGGUGAUUUCUGUGUUCUACACGGUGGUGAUCCCCAUGUUGAACCCCCUUAUUUAUAGUCUGAGGAACAGAGAUGUAAAGGAGGCUCUGAGAAAGAAAAUUGUCAAAAUAUGUAUUCUAGGAUCCAUUCUUUGUAUUUAA